AAAGGAUAGGAGCGGUGAGUGUUCCAUAUCAGGCGUGCCCACUGCCCACCUCAUCCUAUCAUGAUGCAAAUUCUGAAUUUUACUGCUUUCAUCUCUUCCAUCAAAUCCAAUCAAUCCUCUCCUUCUUUUGCAUAAUGAUUCCCACCCUCUUCAAUUCUUUUCACACCUCACACACAAUCAUCCUAUUCCUACUCCUGCCACUACUGUUGCCCAUAUCCACCUUUCAUUUUAACCACUGCGAACUUCUCCAACUACUUUUAUUAUUAUUAUUAUUAUUAUUAUUAUUAUUAUUAUUAUUUUUAUUUACUUUAUGCGUAAAAUUAUAUUAAUCGGGAUAGAGUAUGAAAAAUAUGAAAAGUGAUUCAAAAAUUAGGAAAGUGAAGAUAGUGGCAGAAGAGCGGAAACCUGUCGGCGAAACCCCAGACUGUCCCCACCCCUAUUUAUACCCAAACCCUUCACUUCACCCAUUCUAACCAAUCCCUUCAGCAAUGCCGCCGGCCCACGCGCUCCCCAUCCCCAAGCCCAAGGAGGCCCAUUACAGGGGCGUCCGCAAGCGCCCCUGGGGCCGCUUCGCAGCCGAGAUCCGCGAUCCCUGGAAAAAGACCCGAAAGUGGCUCGGCACUUUCGACACGGCCGAGGAGGCUGCCCGGGCCUACGACGCCGCCGCCAGAACCCUCCGCGGGCCCAAGGCCAAGACCAACUUUGCCUACGUCGUGGCUCCUGAACACCAAGCCCAGGCCCAAGAGCACCUCGCCAGAGAGGUGGAGUUUUGGGGGCCGGUGAGGUCCGAGUAUAAGGGCUACAAGUUGGAGAAUAUCGCGGAUUUUGUUGUUAAGGAGAAAAAGAAGCCCUUUUUGUUCGACCUUAACCUGCCGGCGCCGCUCUUCUGACCCUGCACCCCACGACGGCUUACUGUUUUUAUCUUAUCAUUAUUAUUAUCAUCUUUUUUGGAAUUGUCUAUAUGAGUUAUUUUGGGUGCUACUUCCUACUUCGCCCUUGUCAUGUGUACAGUUUACUUUUAUUUAUAGGUUUUCAGCAGCAUUUUCAUUAUUCCGGUAGAAGCUCUACUCAGUUUCAACUUCAUUUAACUCUUACUCUAUCGUUUCUUGCUUCCUUCCAUUCUCACUCCGAAUGUACGUUAAUACGUCCCACAGUUGCAUAUGCUGCCAUUCGAGGUUACAUAUAUAUCGUAUGAUAUGAUAUCAA